AUGGAUGACGCAAAUGAAGAUCCUCGUCUCGACGAGUUAGGCUCUCUCGAGGCCAUCUUCCCAGAAAUCCGGAGAUCCGCCGACCCAGGCGACUUCACAUUCACCCUCGAAGUCCCCGUAAACCCCGCGAAUCCCGUCAACGUCGUCUUUCCUGUCGUCGCUUCAACGGCUACGGCCCCGGACCCCACGGUCACGGCGGAUGGUGGAUUGGCGAAUACCCCACCACCGCCCCAGAAUCAUGCGUCUCAUCAGCUCUCCUAUCUUCCCGCCGUCUCCAUCCACAUGUCCUUACCCAAUGGCUACCCUGCCGAGAAGCCGCCCAAGGUGACCCUGACGACAUCGCCGCCAUGGCUCACGCCGGAUGUCCUCGGCACUCUGGAGAGCGAUGCCGAGAGACUGUGGGAUGAGAUGGGCCGCGAUAUGAUCGCGUUCACUUACAUCGAUCAUGUCCAGCAAGCCGCUGACAAUGUGUUUGGCAUGGUCAACUCAUCAGGAGUUCUUGAGAUUGACCGGGCUCACAUGGUGUCCAUCCUCGACUAUGAUAUUCAAGCGUGCAGGGCAGCUUUCGAGAACGAAUCUUUUGACUGCGGAGUCUGUUUGGACCCCAAAAAGGGCCACUCCUGCCACAAGAUGAAUGACUGCGGUCACGUCUUUUGUCUAUCCUGCUUGAGAGACUAUUACACCAACGCUAUUGUCCAGGGUGACUUGGUUGUCGUAAAGUGCCUUAGCCCCGGCUGCGCAAAGGAGAGGGAGGAAGCCCACGCGAAAGACCCCUCGAAGAAGGGCCGGAAGCCCAGGAUUCACCUUAGCCCCGGCGAACUCCUGGCUAUCGGACUGGAUCAGGAUCUCGUCUCACGCUACGUUUCACUCAAGUACAAAAAGGAGCUAGAGUCGGACAAGACCACCGUCUACUGCCCCCGGAAAUGGUGCAACGGGGCCGCGAAGUCUAAGAGACACAAGAAGCCCCGCGGUCUUGAGUUCGGCGAACCCGAUGACAACGAGGAGGCAUUCGACGCGACCAACGAGACCAACACUGCCGGCGACGAUGGGGUUCAAGCAUCGGGAAACAACGUUCGCCUCAAGACCGAGGAUCUUCUCUGCAUCUGCGAGGACUGCGGCUUCGCCUUUUGCUCUCGCUGCUAUCAAUCUUGGCACGGCGAGUUCUUCCGCUGCCGCCUCAAGUGUAACCCCGACGAAAUGUCCGAGGAGGAAAAGGCCUCUCUCGAAUACAUCGAGAAGUGGACGAGGCCGUGUGCUACCUGCGACGCGCCCGCGCAAAAGACCGAGGGCUGCAACCACAUGAUAUGCUUCCGGUGCAACACUCACUUUUGCUAUCUGUGCUCCGCCUGGCUCGAUCCUCAGAACCCGUAUAGUCACUUCAACAACCCCGGGCUCAAGGACUGCUUCCAGCGACUGUGGGAUUACGAGACCGGCCACGGCGAGAACAAUGAUUUCCACCCGCAUAUUCGACAGCGUAGGGAACGUAGGGAGCCCCCGCAGCAGCAUCUCGAAAGGCCCGACGAACCUCCCUUCCAAUUUAUAAUCGCUCGACCGGAGAUCGAGGAACCGGAUGAUGACCUCGAUGCGCCGCUCGAGGUCAACAAUGCCGACGAGGUCGCCGAUGUGGAGUGGGAUUGGGAAGCCGGUGGCCCCAGGCGUCCUCCCCCCAACGUCCAAGUUGCUCGUGAGGGCCCCUUGGUUUUACGUAUCGAGCAAGGACCUGAGCAGCCCGCUGCCGGUCGAGGGCUGCGCGCCAUCCCUCCUCCUGUGCCAGCGCCACCGGGGAACUUCGAGGGAGAGCGAGGACGCGGUCGUAGACCUCCACGUCGACGAAGGGGCGGUGGAGAGGGCGGACGCGGUCGUGGUAGGGGAGGUCGAGGAGGCGCUGCCGCUGGGGGAGGUGGUCCCGGAGUAGGAGAAGGAGCGGGAGCAGCAGCAGGAGGUCGAGGAGGACCCGCCCGAGACGACUUGGGGCAAAAUAGACGAGAUGCGCCUCGGAAUCAGAACCCUAAUAACCGUCAGCCCCAGAGACGACAGCAAGGUCAAGGCCGGGGUCAGGGCCAGGGCCAAGGACCACGAGGCGAUGGUCUUCAGCUCCCGCCCCUGGCCCCGAUGCUAGAGGUUGUCGAGCAUGAUGGAAACAUCCCUCAGGAACUUAACGAGGAGCAGCUUCAAUGGGUUAGGCGCUUCGUCGAGCUGGCUCUCAUCGACCAGGAGGAUUCGGGAUCGGACGACGAAAUGGCGCCUUUCUAG